AGUUGUGCCGCAUCAUCUGUAGUUCCAAGUUCGGUACGCAAGAAAUAUUCACUCGCCGACAUGGAUCCUGCUCUGUUUCCGCCUCGACCCUCCGCGGCCACCCCGCUGGUCUCGGCUCUUCAAGCUAAGCUUGUUAGCCAGAUCGACAAUGGGGCGCCGUACGACGAGAUGUACGUCACCGUUGUGGAGAUGGGAGAAGAAUCAAGCCAACAGGAUAUCGUCAAGGUAGACGAUAUGAUAGCGGCUCUCAGGAGCGACGAGGGGAACCAGAUGAUGAAGCUCCUGCACACGAUCCCUCGGCCCGUCCUGCGCUCGAUCGUGAUGCGUAUGGUGGCCUAUGAGUUUUGGGAGAGGGACUCGGAGAACCACACGCUGCUGUACGAUAAGCAAGGGCCCGGCGCUUAUAUCGUCACCCUCUCCAUCGCCAACCGCCGCGGCUCUGCCUGGACCAUCUUGGAGAAUAGAGAAAUAAUCUCCUUGCUCGAGCAUUACGCGAAGGCCGUUGAAACCUUUGAGGCUGCGGGCGACAAUUAUACCCAUGGCAGCCAGCUGGACGAUGCGGAGGUGCGUCAUAUGGAGGUAGCUCGUAGGAUUGACGAAAUGUAUGAAAAACCUAAUACCUCGUCCGCCAUCGCCAAUGACUCUCAGGGCGACGUGGAGAGCGUUUCCCAGGCAUCGACGCGCCCAUCUUGGUGGGAGCAGCCUCGGUUCGCGAGUAGCGGCAGAGGGAACAAGUCUGGUUCGAUACGGCACUUGAUCAGGAUGCUGGAAAAGCGUAAUAUCGCGGGAUUAGACGAGAACGAACCGUCCAAGCAGAGCGUCUGCAUGGUGGGCAACUCGGACGACGUGGAGAGGCGAACGCAGAGCCACCGAUUAAUUACCAACCUCCGUGGCACCCCGCACUGCUGGGGGCUCCUGGUCUCGUGCCUCAGGUACGCGGGCCUAGAGCCCGAGGAGACAAUAAUCCCGAUCCUCGUGACGGUCCUAGCCGGGUCUCUCAUAUCCGUUGGAGGAUUGAACGUGAAGCAGGCCGGGACCAAAUCAGAGAAGAAUCCUCCUAGCGCUAAGAUUUUCGAGAGAUGCCGCAUUCAUGUGUGGGGAGCUAAGCCCUGGUACUACGAGAACCUCUCCCACACCAAUCCGUCUCUGAAGAGGUUGAUAGAUUGCGAGCGAGAACUAUCUAAGCGUGAUCCCGCUAUCCUCAAACAAGAGAUAGCAGAGGCGAAACAGCUCGAGGCCGAAUUAAAUGAGAAGCUCGAGAAGAUAGACGCUAUCGAACGGCGUCAGGCUGAGGACGAAAGGAAGAUAGAUGAGGCUGAAGACAUUGUCCGAUUCUUAAGGGAUAAUCCCGUUGUGCUAAAGGCUUUGCAAUUUUGGAAGGGAGCGGAAGAAGACGGCAAAAAACAGGAAGUGGGAGAGGAAAUAGAUGGGGAUAUGGAUGGGGAUGGGGAUGGGGAUGAGAAAUAA